AUGAACUCCUAUUUUUGUCGCAGGAUAUCCCUGGCCAACCACUUCGUCUGGUACGAGGGCGACGCGACAGCCGCUGACGACGCCGCCGCUGAACUCAUGAGGCAACAAAGUUACGGUCUAUACUGCCACCCGAUCUUCUCUUCGGAAGGCGGUUGGCCGCAGUCCGUGGCGAAGGUCAUAGCAGAGAACAGCAAGAGGGAGGGCUACCCCUUCUCCAGACUGCCCGAGUUCACGCAGGAAGAGAUUGAGCUGGUCAGAGGCACCUACGACUACCUCGGCCUCAACCACUACACGAGCCGCACGGUGAUCCAGCACGCGUCCGCCGACACUCUGCCGGCCAACAUCGCCUUCACCGGGUCGACGGAGUUCAAUGUGUCCUUCUCUGGACGGGAGGAGUGGGGCGCUGGCAGCUCGUUCUGGUUUAGGAUCAACCCGCCUGGCCUCCGCAGCGUGAUGCGUUGGAUCAAGCAGGAGUACGGCAACGUGGACAUCCUCAUCACAGAGAACGGCUACUCGGACAAGCCCAACACCAUCAACGAUGAUGCUAGGGUCGACUACUAUAGGGGUUAUUUGGAGCAGGUGCUCCUGUCUAUCAAAGAAGAUGGCGUCAAUGUAACCGGAUACACUGCGUGGACGCUCAUGGACAACUUCGAAUGGAUUGAGGGAUACACGAGCACCUUCGGCCUGUACCAGGUGGACUUCAGCCAGGCGGACCGCCCGCGCACGCCGCGCAAGUCCGCCCGUUACUACGCUAGCAUCGUGAAAGCAAAUUCUUUGGACGUACCGGUGCCGAAAGAUGAAUUGUAA